AUGGAAUUUGCAUCAACCAAGAUAUCAGCUUUCUCAUUGGACGACCCUGCUCUCAGAAAGCAGCUUCUAGAACAUCAUAAAGAGGGCGUCAGCUUCUUCGACGAUGAAUCUCUUCUUAACUCGGUCGAAUGUAUCAUCAAUCAUGAUCGUACGGACAAAGUUGAUGAGAUAGAUCCGGGUCAGGAGGCCAAGAAGAUUAUAUCUGGACCCGACAGCCUUCCAGGCAAUCUACCCUAUUUGUUACACCAGAUCACUUGUGUGUUGAACUGCAAUUGCUCGGAAGGGGAUAGCAACAAAACAUCGCUGGAGAUUCUGCGACUGCUUACAAACUACACAUGGGAGGAUAAAAUCGUGAUAAUUUUAGCAUCUUUUGUUGUAGAAUAUGGCCAAUACUCUCUGUUUGCCCAGCUCGACAAAAAAGAUCAACUCACAAAAUUAGUGGCGUGGCUCAAGCAGAUUCCGGACCACAGUGGUGAUGUUUUCGAAAGUAGGAAAUCCAGCUUCGAGAGUAUUAUGGAGGCAUUGAGAGUCUCAAUUAAGGUGACAAGGUUCAUUGCCAAAUUUAGAACUAGUUUCAAAGCAAAAUACAUGACAAAUGAGGCACAAGCGAUGAUUGAUGUGCGGAAUCAAAUCCCAAUUGCUGUGUAUUGGAUGACAAGAGCAGUCGUCGCCUGCGCAUCUGAGUAUUCAGUAAUUGUUGGAAAGACUACUGAAAUAAAAAGUUUGUACACUGAAACAUGGAGCAUUACUAGAUUGACGAAAUUCAUACCUCAUUCGGGACACAAUUUGGUAGAAGUGGAAGUUCUGAAAGGGAAAACAGUGCUGUUACUAAUCUCGGGUCUUAAAAUUUCGGAAGAAGAAAUUACGAAAAUCGGGGCUUUCUAUAGUGAAUCGAGAGAGAAAGCACAGUAUGAGAUCGUGUGGGUGCCGAUGGUGGAAAAGAUGGAUGAAAAAGAUGAGAAAACAUUUAAAGAGAGGAAGUGCAAGAUGCCAUGGCAUGCGAUCGAGCAUCCACAAUAUGUGAAACCGGGUUUGGUCAAGUACGCGAGAGAGGAGUGGCGGUAUUCGGAGAAGUCAAUAAUGGUGUCGAUAGAUCACCGAGGAAGAGUGGUUCAUGAAGAUGCAUAUAGCAUGAUGUGCACAUGGGGUAAUGCAGCCUACCCCUUCAGUCAGACGCGUGAGCUCGACCAAUGGAAGAUUCUCAAGGAAUGGAGCCUCAAGUUUAUGGUUCAACAAUCUAAACAACAAAUCUCCAAAUGGGUAGAAGAAAACAAGUAUAUCUGCUUGUUUGGUGGUGACGACUAUGACCGGAUACAAAGCUUCGUAAAAGAAGCAACGAGAGUUGCUGGCGAAGCAAAGAUCGAGCUACAGAUGGUGUACAUAUACAAGAAGAAUACGAGAGACGAUCACAUGAAGAAAAUUACAGAAACUCUGUCAAGCACUAGCGUUGAAGUAUGGGAAAAAAGCACAUCCAUUAACUUCUGGAAAAGAAUGGAGUGCUUGCUCUACUCAAAGGUCCACCAGGGAGUGAAAGAAAGCGACCGCCACCCCUUCCUCCGCGAGGCAAUGAACAUGCUUGCCCUUGGCGAUCACGACAAGGGGUGGGGGCUCAUCAGCCAAGGGGCCGGGAAGAAGAUCGCCAAGGCUAAUGGGGAUAUGAUAAUCAAGGCAUUCCAAGGAUAUAGCUCGUGGAGCAGUGCUGUGACCACGCAGGACUUCACCACAGCUCUCCACGACCAUUUAGCCCACCUGGCAAGCGAAUUUCCUCAUCAUUGCAACCGCCUUACCCUUCCGGGGAUCGAGGACAUCCUCGGAACAAUGCUCUGCGGAGAGUGUCAACGACCCAUGGAGAAGUUCAUCAUGUAUCGUUGCUGCGAUGAGUGA